CGCUGGACUGUAAGACGUCUCAUUUUAUUAAGGAGGAAUCCGCCUCAUGUGAAGAGACAGACAUUUGUGACCCGGCGGAGUCUCCACAGACAGAGCUCACAUCGACUCGUAAUGAGGACGGAUCCCCCUCAGAUGAAGACGGAAAUGUCUCAGCCCCCGAUACACACACAGAGCACGACGGGGGGGAUAAUACGUCUGUCCACGUAAAGGAGGAAUCCGCUUCCAAUGAAGAUUAUUGGAUCCCAACCGAACACAAGGGAUCUACUUCUACUGAUAAAACCCAAACCAGUAACACACAUUUUCAGUGUGAAACACCCCCCGAUGAGGGUACAUAUAGCUGCCCCGAGUGUCAGGAACGGUUUACCAGUGACUCUGAUCUUCUUCUACAUCAGACCAUCCAUGAUAGAUCGGCGGUCUCCUCUCUGGACUGCGAGGAAAGUUCUAACUUUAAAUCCGAGUGCAUGAGUCACCAACAUCUUAACACAGGAAGGAAGCCUUAUUCCUGUUCUGAGUGCGGGAAAUGUUUUAACAGGAAGUCAAUCCUUGAUCGACAUCUCAAAAUUCACACGGGUGAGAGAGCUUAUUUCUGUCCCGAGUGCGGGAAACGUUUUAAGGAGAACACACAUCUUGUUCAACACCUCAGAUAUCACUCUGGGGAGAAGCCUUAUUCGUGUUCCGAGUGCGGGAAACGUUUUAAACGUAACGCGCACCUUGCUGAACAUUUUAGAACUCACACUGGGGAGAAGCCUUUUUCCUGUCCCGAAUGUGGGAAAUGCUUUCGAGUUAGUGCACAACUAGAUGUACAUCUCAGAACUCACACCGGGGCGAAGCCUUAUUCCUGUUCCAAGUGCGGGAAAUGUUUUACUGUAAACUCAGCCCUUGUGCAACACCUCAGAAUUCACUCUGGAGAGAAGCCUUAUUCCUGUUCCGAGUGCGGGAGAUGUUUUAGCAGGAACUCUCACCUUAUUCGACAUCUCGAAAUUCAUGCAGGUGAGAAACCUUAUUAUUGUCCCGAGUGUGGAAAACAUUUUAGGGAGAACACAGAACUUGUUCACCAUCUCAGAAUUCACAGCGGGGAGAAGCCUUUUUCCUGUUCAGUGUGCGAGAAACGGUUUACUGUAAACUCAAGCCUUGUGAAACACCUCAAAAUUCAUUCUGGAGAGAAGCCGUAUUCCUGCUUGGACUGCGGAAAGUGUUUUCGAUGUAACGUGCAGCUUCGUCGCCAUCAGAGAAUUCACAUCAGGGAGAAACCGUAAACGUGUGCUGACUGCGGUGCUUUAGGCAACAAACUGCGAUGCUCUGCGUCUUCCGACUCCUUUCUAUCAGAACCAGCAGUCAUUUUCAGCAGCGUGAGCUACAGCAGCUCGUCAGUUGGAUUUGACUCCACGGGUCGGCCUUUGCUCCCCACGUGCAUCAUUGAGAGUUGGCCAUCCAUGGCCCUGUCGCCAGUUAGACCCGGACAGUCCCAGAGGCAGCUGCCGAGGGCCCUGAUCUGGUCGAGGGGCCAACACUCCAUCCUCAGUAACCCGGAAGCUGAUAGGAAAGAGUCCGGUUUAGGACUGAACAUGGACAAGGAUCCGGUGGCUGAGAAGAUCUUGAGCCUCACCCUGGAGAUCAUCUCCCUGCUGAGCGGAGAGGAUUAUAUGAUUGUGAGGAAGCCCAGUGACUGCGUCCCACCCAACGACGGCCCCCGUGUGUCAGACGGACCCCCCGGGACCCGGAGCCCCAGCCCGGUGCCUCCGCCUCACUCGCUGACCCACGAGAGGAACCGCGAGCAGAAGAUCCUGGAACUGACCAACAAGAUAAUGUCCCUGCUGACUGGAGAGGUUCCUGUAAGGUGUGAUGAUGUCACCGUCUAUUUCUCCAUGGAGGAGUGGGAGUAUUUAGAAGGACACAAGGAGCUUUACAGGGACGUGAUGAUGGAGACCCACCAGCCCCGCGGCUCUCCGGACGCAUCCGAGGUCAGAGAUCGAGCCCCUAAUUCUCCGCUGGACUGUAAGACGUCUCAUUUUAUUAAGGAGGAAUCCGCCUCAUGUGAAGAGACAGACAUUAGUGACCCGGCGGAGUCUCCACAGACAGAGCUCACAUCGACUCGUAAUAAGGGCGGAUCCCCCUCAGUCCCCGAUACACACACAGAGCACGACGGGGGGGAUAAUACGUCUGUCCACAUAAAGGAAGAAUCCGCUUCCAAUGAAGAUUAUUGGAUCCUAACCGAACACAAGGGAUCUACUUCUACUGAUACCGGCGAUUAUGAUAAAACCCAUGAGGGUACAUAUAGCUGCCCUGAAUGUCAGGAACGGUUUACCAGUGACUCUGAUCUUCUUCAACAUCAGACCAUCCAUAAUAGCUCGUCGGUCUCCUCUCUGGACUGCGGAAGAAGUUCUAACUUUAAAUCUGAGUGCAUGAGUCACCAACAUCUUAACACAGAAAGGAAGCCUUAUUCCUGUUCUGAGUGCGGGAAAUGUUUUAACAGGAAGUCAAUCCUUGUUCGACACUUAAGAGUUCACGCCGGCAAGAAAGAUUAUUCCUGUCCCGAGUGCGGGAAACAUUUUAAGGAGAACACACAUCUUGUUCAACAUCUCAGAUAUCACUCUGGGGAGAAGCCUUUUUCCUGUUCAGAGUGCGGGAAACGUUUUAAACGUCACGCACAUCUUGUUGAACAUUUUAGAACUCACACCGGGGAGAAGCCUUAUCCCUGUUCUGAAUGUGGGAAAAGCUUUCGAUGUAGCGCACACCUAGAUGUACAUCUCAGAACUCACACCGGGGAGAAGCCUUAUUCCUGUUCUGAGUGCGGGAAAUGUUUUACUGUAAACUCGAACCUCGUGCGUCACCUCAGAAGUCACUCUGGAGAGAAGCCUUAUUCCUGCUUGAAAUGUGCAAAGCGUUUUCGAUGUAAUGUGCAGCUUCGUCAGCAUCAGAGAAUUCACAUCGGGGAGAAGCCGUAAACGGAUGCUGAAUGUGGCAAAUGUUUUAUCAAAGAGCCACACUGGACCCGGACAGUCCCAGAGGCAGCUGCCGAGGGCCCUGAUCUGGUCGAGGGGGCCAAUGCUCCAUCCUCAGUAACCUGGAAGCUGAUAGGGCUGAACAUGGACAAGGAUCCGGUGGCUGAGAAGAUCUUGAGCCUCACCUUGGAGAUCAUCUCCCUGCUGAGCGGAGAGGAUUAUAUGAUUGUGAGGAAGCCUAGUGACUGCGUCCCACCCGACGGCCCCCGUGUGUCAGAAGGACCCCCCGGGUCCCGGAGCCCGGUGCCUCCACCUCACUCGCUGACCCACGAGAGGAACCGCGAUCAGAAGAUCCUGGAACUGACCAACAAGAUGAUGUCGCUGCUGACUGGAGAGGUUCCUGUAAGGUGUGAUGAUGUCACCGUCUAUUUCUCCAUGGAGGAGUGGGAGUAUUUAGAAGGACACAAGGAGCUUUACAGGGACGUGAUGAUGGAGACCCACCAGCCCCGUGGUUCUCCGGACGCAUCCGAGGCCAGAGAUCGAGCCGCUAAUUCUCCGCUGGACUGUAAGACGUCUCAUUUUAUUAAGGAGGAAUCCGCCUCAUGUGAAGAGACAGACAUUUGUGACCCGGCGGAGUCUCCACAGACAGAGCUCACAUCGACUCGUAAUGAGGACGGAUCCCCCUCAGAUGAAGACGGAAAUGUCUCAGCCCCCGAUACACACACAGAGCACGACGGGGGGGAUAAUACGUCUGUCCACGUAAAGGAGGAAUCCGCUUCCAAUGAAGAUUAUUGGAUUCCAACCGAACACAAGGAAUCUACUUCUACUUAUAAAACCCAAACCAGUAACACACAUUUUCAGUGUGAAACACCCCCUGAUGAGGUUACAUAUAGCUGCCCCGAGUGUCAGGAACGGUUAACCAGCGACUCUGAUCUUCUUCUACAUCAGACCAUCCAUGAUAGAUCUGCGGUCUCCUCUCUGGGCUGUGGGACAAAUUCUCACUCUGAGCACAUUGUUCAUCAGCGUAUUCACACGGGUGAGAAGCCUUAUACUUGUUUACAGUGCGGGAAAUGUUUCAAAAGGAACGCCAACCUUCUUCGACAUGUCAGAAUUCACACCGGGAAGAAGUGUUAUUCCUGUGCAGAGUGCGGGAAAUGUUUUGCAGAAUCCUCAGGGUUUGCCCUCCACCAGCGGACUCACACAGGAGAGAAACCAUUUUCGUGUUCUGUGUGUGGGAAAUGCUUCACUUGUAACUCGAACCUUCUUACGCAUCUCAGAAUUCACACCGGGGAGAAGCCUUUUUCAUGUUCCGAGUGUGGGAAAUGUUUUAAGAGUAAUUCACACCUUGUUAAACAUGUUAGAAUUCACACCGGGGAGAAGCCUUUUUCGUGUUCUGAGUGCGGGAAACGUUUUAAAGAAUACUGGAGCUUCAUCUACCAUCAACGGACUCACACAGGAGAGAAACCAUUUCCCUGUUCUGUGUGUGGAAAAUGUUUUAGCUGCAAAUCAAACCUUAGUCGACAUGUCAGAGUUCACACCGGGGAGAAGCCUUUUUGCUGCUCAGAAUGCGGGAAAUGUUUCACACAGUCCUCGAGUUUUACCGUCCACCAGCGGACUCACACAGGAGAGAAACCGUUUCCGUGUUCUGCGUGUGGGAAAUGUUUUACCAGUAACGCAAGCCUUGUUCAGCAUCUCAGAGUUCACACCGGGGAGAAACCUUACAAGUGUUUGGACUGUGGCAAAUGUUUUAGCACUAAAGCAAAUCUCAGUAAGCACCAGAGCGCGCACACGGGUUAGAAGUGUGAAAGAAUUGUGUGUAAUGGGACGGGGUCUUGUUAAUAUGGAGGCUUCUAUUAUUAAAUAUUCCUUUACUAAUUCUUAGCAGCUGAAACACAAAGCUUAUGGAGCAUAUAGAGUUAACAAUAUAACUCAACAACACAGGUAAUAAAUCGUUUGAUCCCCGACAA